GGCACGGCCGAAAUCUUGGUCUUCACGGGGAAGUGGGGUUGAACUGUACCAAAGCUAUAGCGCUUAUGCAAAUGAGUUACAGUCGACUAACCACGAAUAUGUUCCACCGGUGCCGCAACUGACAGAGUAUGCCAACAGAUAUCAAGGAAGGAUGCUCAGAAGAAAUAAUCAGGAAUAUGGUUAA